AUGUAUUACGUUCCACAGGUGUGCUUGGGCGACACUGUCAUGGUGGACGUGGAGAACGCCAUGAUGGAGGAGUCGACGUCCGUCCAUUGGCACGGGCACCACCAGCGCAACUCGCCGUACAUGGACGGCGUGCCGUACGUGACACAGUGUCCGGUUCCUCCGCACAGUUCGUUUCGGUACGUGUACCUGGCCGACAACGAGGGCACGCACUUCUGGCACUCGCACUCCGGCUGCCAGAGGGGCGACGGAGCGUUCGGGUCGUUCGUGGUGCGCGCCCCAAAGUCACGAGAUGUGCACCGCGAAAUGUACGACGUGGACGUGCAUGUCAUCACGGUCACCGACUGGCUGCAUGAGCUGGGCAUUCGCAAGUUCCUCGCCCAUUACCACGGUUCCGGCAACAACAAUCCUGAGACCAUUCUGAUAAACGGCCGAGGCCGUUACAAAGUCUUCGACGGUGGUUACCGCACGCCCCUGACCCAGUUCAACGUGACCAGAGGAAAACGAUAUAGGUUUAGACUGAUUAACGCUGGAUUCCUAAACUGUCCAAUAUUAAUGAGUAUCGACAAUCAUACGUUUACUAUGAUUGCAACAGAUGGAUAUAAUGUUCAACCAGUAGUAGUCGAUUCGUUUGUAAGUUAUGCUGGUGAACGCUGGGAUUUUGUAGUGGAAGCAACAGCUAAUGUUGGCAAUUAUUGGAUGCGAUUUAGAGGCUUGAUGGAUUGCGAUAAAGGGGUUACCAAGGCCUUUGAAGUAUCGAUUUUGCAUUAUGACGGAGCUGGUGACGAGGAACCAGAGGGCACACCAACAUAUGACAAUACACUUCAUUCCGGAAUCCAAUUGAAUGCACUGAAUAAAGGAUCUGGGUUAAUGGACACUGUUACUGUAUCAGAAUUAGAAGACGCAACACCCUCAAAAAACGACUUUCGUUUGGAGAAAAAACCAAAUGUAACAUUUUUUAUGUCAUAUGAUUUUUAUUCUUUAGAUAAUCCACAUUUCCACAAACCUAUGUUAUAUGGAUUCAAACAAGUGACGCACAGGUCUGAACAAGUGUACACGCCACAAAUUAACAAAAUGUCUUUUAAGCUUCCAUCAUUUCCUUUAUUAUCUCAAAGGAAUAUGAUAGAACCUUGGAUGAGUUGUGAUAAUAUAAAGAAGGAUUGCUCAAACGAAUUCUGUGAGUGUACAAACAUUAUAAAAGUUCCUCUGGGAUCAAUCGUUGAACUAUUUCUCAUUGAUAAAGGUGUGACCUUCAACUCAAAUCAUCCAUUCCAUUUACACGGACAUCCGUUUAGAGUAGUAGCAAUGGAAAGAGUUGGAAAUCAUACUACUGUAGAGGAGAUAGAACAAAUGGACAGAGAUGGACGCAUUGUAAGAAAUCUGCGGACUGCACCCCUUAAAGACACCGUGACAGUACCAGAUGGUGGAUUUACAAUAUUAAGAUUCUUAGCUGACAAUCCUGGUUAUUGGUUAUUUCAUUGCCAUAUUGAUUUCCACGUUGAGGUGGGCAUGGCAACUGUGUUCAAAAUCGGCGAAGACUGGGAAAUGCCCCCAUCACCUCCGGGUUUUCCGAAAUGUGGAAAUUAUGACGGAAAAGGAUUGGUAUCGAUUUUGAAUCCCGAAGAGAUGGAUUUGGUGUACCAAUAG